CGAAUCUGUCAAAACCGUUCAAAACCUCAUAAACGCUCCGUGCCUGUGUGUAAAGUUCUAGAAAGAUUUUCUUCCAGCAGGAACGUAAUCACAAUAAACAGCUUAAGGCAACUAAAAACCGGUCGUGUUCAACCAUCGUGAAUCGUUGAAAACUUCUAAGCGAAAUGGUGGAUUACAGCAAGUGGAAAAAUAUUGAGAUUUCAGACGAUGAGGACGAGACCCAUCCGAACAUCGACACACCGUCACUGUUCCGCUGGCGGCAUCAGGCUCGUGUCGAACGGAUGGAGGAGCAGCAGCGAGAACAGCAGAAACUGCUCGCGAAGAAGCAGGAAGCGGAACAGAAAGCUAGAGAACUGAAGGGAAAGCUAGAAAAGAAAGAGGGCAAUUUGGAUGAGCUGAAGAAAAGCUUGGAGGAGUUGGAACGGGAGCAGAAUCGCGUUCGAAAGCAGGAGGAAGAAUUGCGGAAGAAGGAAAAAAUGCAACCUUGGAAUGUUGACACCAUUAGCAAAGACGGAUUCCAGAAGACGGUCAUAAAUAAAAGUGCGAUUAACAAGAAGGAAGAUCUGACCGAAGAUCAGAAGGAGCUCAAUCUAAAGGAGUUCAUCAAAAAGUACGAAAAGGUCAUGAAGGAGUACGGAAUGAUGCGAAAGUACGAGGACUCGAAAAAGUUCCUUCGGGACAAUCAUUACUUGGUAUGCGAGGACACGGCCAAUUAUCUUGUGAUUUGGUGCAUUGAGCUGGAGAUGCAGGAUAAGCACGAACUAAUGGCACACGUGGCCCAUCAGUGCAUUUGUAUGCAGUAUAUUCUGGACAUCGCUAAGCAGUUGGAUGUCGACCCGCGAGCUUGUCUCGAGUCAUUCUUCCAGCGAAUUCAAGUUGCUGAACCAGAGUACAAGAACCAAUUUUUGGCGGAGAUUGAAGCAUUUAAAGAGCGUAUCCGGAAGCGAGCGCAGGAGAAAAUUCAAAAGGCUAUCGAGGAACAGGAGGAGGAAGAACGGAAGGCCCGGCUUGGUCCCGGUGGGUUGGAUCCGGUUGAGGUGUUCGAGUCGCUACCGAAAGAACUGCAGACGUGCUUCGAGACGCGAGACAUUGCAAUGCUGCAGGAGGUGAUGUCCAAGUUGCCCGAAGAAGAAGCUCGGUAUCAUCUGAAGCGCUGCAUAGAUUCCGGCAUGUGGGUUCCGGAUGGCAAAAAGGGUGUACUGGAUAUGCCACCAGAGGAGAGCGCUGAUGGGGAGGGCGCAGAGCCGAUAUACGUGAGUGUGCCCGAAGGCGAACAGCAGCCGGAGAAAAAGUAAAUUAAAGUGCAUUAGUUUGCUGAUCCUACAGUAUCUGAAUUUGUAACCGUCUUAGGUCACGACUGCUGAACGUGCAAAAUCUUUCGUGGCUGAAAUGUAUCUUUUGUUUUUCCAAGUCUGUUGUAAUAAUUACAAAUGUAACUUGUAUUCUGCAUAGAUAGAUGUACAAUCAAACAUGAAUAAACCAUUUCUUACUGAGGUUUUCGAUUAUCUGAAAGCAAACAAUUUACUUA